UUCAUUUUUUUUCUCGCUUUUAAUCAGUAUUGACGUUAUUUGCGGUUGUAUUCGAGUGAAUGUGAGAAAAAUCGUGAUUAAAAAUGAAAGUUUUAUUAUUGGUGGCAUUUUGCUUAUUUCAUACGAUAUCUGGUACAAUCGAUAGGACAUGGUGGAGAAAUACAACCUUGUAUCAAGUGCUUUUACCCUCUUUCAUGGAUGGCAAUGGGGAUGGUUUUGGUGACUUGAAAGGCCUAAUCUCGAAACUAGAUCAUUUUGUCGAUCUCGGUAUCGAAACAGUAUUAAUAACACCUCAUUAUCCUAGUCCAAAUAUGAAUAAUGCCGGUUACGAUAUUACUAAUUACACCGAUGUUAAUCGCCUUUCUGGCACGAUGCAAGACUUCGACGACUUGAUGAGAGAAAUGAAGAAAAGAGGUUUGAAGUUAAUUAUAGACAUGGUGAUAAAUCACAGCGGUGACCAACACCCUUGGUUUAUCAACUCAGUGAACCGAGUAGAACCUUAUACCGAUUACUAUGUUUGGAAAGAUGCCAAAGGUUUCGACAUCAAUAGAAAUCCUAUACCACCAAAUAAUUGGCAAGCGUUAUAUGGUGGAAGCAUAUGGAAAUGGAACACAAAACGACAGCAAUUCUAUCUUCAUCAAUUUAUCGAACAAAUGCCUGAUUUGAACUUGAGAAAUAAUUUGGUAUUGGACGAAUUCAAGAAAAUAUUCGAAUUUUGGGCCAACAAAGGUGUCGCUGGAUUCAGACUAGAUGCUGCAGAACAUUUCGUAGAAGAUGAUCAAUUGAGAAACGAACCGUUUAUUAAUCUCUCAACUCAAAUACUUCGAGGACGUAACGAUCUAUCGAAUAUAUUCACGCAAUUUUUAUGGGAAUCUGUAGAAGUCAUACACGAAUUUCGAACUUUUAUCGAUUCUUUGACGGAAAAAAUCGGAGAUUUUGAAAGAAUUUUGAUACCAGAAACGCACAGUCAGAGAAAAGAGCUGUAUGAGUAUUAUGGAUCAAAGAACCAUAAUAUAGCUCAUUUUCCUUUCAAUUUUUGGUUAACUUACACGAAUCGUUAUGAAAAUGCUUAUUAUUAUAAAAACCUAAUCGAGGGAUACUUGAACUGCUUACCCGAAGGAGCAGUUGCCAAUUGGAACUCCGAAAAUCAUGAUAUACCAAGAAGAGCAGAGGUAUUCAAUGAAGAAUACGAGUUCAUACUGACAUCGAUGGUACUUUUACUUCCUGGAAUAUCAUUUACAUACUAUGGACAAGAGCUGGGACUCGCAGGAUGGCAUUUUCCAGGCAGGGAACAGACUAUGGAAGCUUUUAGACUUCCUAUGCAAUGGGAUGAUACCACGAAUGCAGGAUUUUCCAAUAAUUCGCGACCAUAUCUUCCGGUAAGCCUUAAUUACAACCAAAUCAACGUAAAGAAACAAAAAGCUGACGAGAAUAGCCAUUACAAUAAAGUGAAAAAAAUGAUAUCCUUGAGGAAAACCAAUGUUUUCAAAUAUGGUGAAUUUAAAUCUUACGCGGUUUCUCAUUGGGUUUACUCUUUCACCAGGAAAUGGGAGAAUGAACUUUAUGUAAUGAUUUUCAAUUUGGGAGAUGGAACAGAAUUUGUUGAUUUACAUCAGUCUAUUGGCAAUUUACCCAAUGUGAUGGUAAUCGAAUUGGCUAGUCGUAAUUCUGAUUAUAAGACAGGCAAUGAAAUUCAGAUUAACCAAAAACUCAAAUUGCAACCGCACGUAGCACUGGUGCUUCAUCCCAAAAAAAAUUGAAAACUGGUAGCCUUCUGUUUUGAUGAGAACAAGGAUCCUCAAGAUAUACUGCACAAAGCGUUCAUAGUUCAGAGGAAUCAAGAAAGAUCAUCUUCGAAAGAAAAACUUGUUUUACGUAUAUUUAUAAAUUUUAUCUUUCUAGGUUGUUUUUUUUUCAAUUCAUCACUCAUUACAUAUCAAAGAGCGGAAAAAUAAGCAACCGAAAAGCUUGAAAUAUGCGCAGAAAAUAGGCAUACCUUUUCUUACUUGGGUGAUUUUGGCAAUAAUUUUUUGCUAGGCUCCAAAAAACUUUUAAAAAAAACUAAUACUCACACAUGCAUCAUGUAUCGAAUAUGAGAAAAUAUAAACGAAAAUAGUUUUUUUUUCAUGUACCAAAAAUGCGAAAAUAUACAACACGGUAUAAAUUGGAUUGAUUCCAAAUGAAAUUACCAAAGAACAAUCAUCUUCAAUUCAAACCCAAAAAUAAAUAAAUAGUCGUUUUUUUGUUUUGUUUUUUUUUUUUGAAAAAGUGGAAAACCGAUUUCAAAAAAUAAUGUGGAAAAAUUAUUUGAGGUCCGUGACUUGAACCAUCACUUUUAUACCAGAGGGUUUCAAAUUUUCAAAUUUCAAAAUUCUGUUGGCAAAAUUGAUACCGUAACCGUAACAUUUAUGCUCGGUAAUUUUAGUUUUUAUUUUUAAAUAAAAAAUAAAAUUCGUUUCGCGAAUUCUAAAUAUCGCUGGUUAUACUUUUAAUGAAAUUUUGUUCUUUUCGUAAAAUCGCGUAAACUGUUGGCUGUUAAAUUAUCGUCGUAUAUUUGUUGUUUUCGUUAUGUAUAUAAGUUCGUCGCGUUAAUAUUGAUUUAAUCGUCGAGUUGUAAAGUCAUCGAGCUUUUUGCUCAGUUAUUUGUUCGUUAGGUUCGUUAGAUCUUAGGGUCAACGACCGUUAAAAAUAAAUAUUAUUUUUAUUUUGAA